AUGGCGUUUCCAACUCUUUGGAGGAAGUGGAUUAGGGAGUGUGUGGGCACAGCUACUGCAUCUGUUCUUGUUAAUGGAAACCCAACUGAUGAAUUCCCUCCUGAACGGGGUCUUAGACAAGGAGAUCCGUUAUCUCCUUUCCUUUUUCUAUUGGCUGCUGAGGGUUUGAAUGUUCUGAUGGAGGCUAUAGUUACUCAUAACUUUUUUACGGGGUUUAGGAUUGGGGAGAGUGAUUCGACUUCAGUGUCGCACCUUCAGUUUGCUGAUGAUACCCUUUUGCUAGGGGAGAAAAGUUGGGCUAAUGUUCGGGCUUUGCGGGCUACUUUGGUGCUGUUUGAGACUAUGUCUGGCUUGAAGGUUAAUUUCAAUAAAAGUAUGCUGAGUGUUGGUGGCUCUGUAUGGGGUAGAGGGAGGGAGAUUCGAGUUGGAGGGAGGCGUGGAUCAUUGUGGUGGCGAGAGAUAGCGAGUAUUAGGGAGGGUGGUGGUGAGUCAGGUGGUAGGUGGUUUGGUGACCAUGUUGUUAGGAGGGUUGGAGAUGGGUCCGAUACUCUUUUUUGGACAGAUUCUUGGUUGGAUGAGACUCCUCUAUGUGAGCGGUUUGGGCGCUUGUUUGCUUUGGCAGAGACCAAAUCGCAUACGGUGGCUGAGAUGUUCUUUUUAGGGUGGGGGUUAGAUGGGGCGGCGUGGGUGUGGAGGAGGCAGCUGAGGGCUUGGGAGGAGGAUUUAUUGGGGGAGUGUCAGUCUUUACUCUCUGUCAUUUCUUUACAGGUACAAACUUCGGAUAGGUGGCAGUGA